UAUCGGCUGAGGCGCCACUCUUUUGCUCUCUCAGAGAGACAGAGAGAGUAUGCGAGAGAACCUCGUUGUGCCGUGAACGUGCUGGUUUUGCUCAACGUGUGAGCGAGAGCCUCCCUCGGCCGAAUUAUUCUUGAGACACAACUGGCAAGCGGGGCGUGUGCACGCUCACCCUCGUGUAUAUGGCUUCAGUUGAGGAAGUGGAGCAUCAGGUCGACAGCGGCAUGGGCAGCAGCGACGCGCGCUCUCCCGAGGUGAAGUCGCUCCUCCCCGACGACGAGGACGAUGACGAAGAGGAUGAGAGCUUAGCAGAGAGGUUAUUAGGGCUCACUGAAAUGUUCCCUGAACCAGUACGCAACUUUGGAUAUAAUGUUGGAACCUGCCUAUAUACAUGUAUCAAAGGUUUAUAUGCGUACUCGUGUUCGGCCACAUGGUUGGUCUUUAGUUCAUCCACCAUUCUCUUUGCACCGAUUAUCUUUGAGAUGGAGCGUGCACAAAUGGAAGAUCUGCAACGUACACAGCAGAAACAAGUCCUCUUAGGCCCUAACACAGCUCUAUCCGGUGUCAAUACCUCGGGUCUUCCAAUGGCACCGCCUGUUCAACGAUAGGCCAUCACAUAAAUUUCCACGUACAUGCAUAGAAGGACACAUACAGAAAUUCCCAAUUUAACCAAAAGGAAAAGAAAAAAGAAAUAGCUCAAAUCUGCCGCUCAAUUGUCCAAUAGCGCGACAUGUAGACUGUACAUCAAACGCGAACGAACGAUCUCUAUGGAACAGGAAAUUCCAUUAAAUUGAGCGUGUAUGAUUUAUCUAAUUUAAUUUAUCCAAUUGCAAUUAUUCUCACAAAAUUGCGCGAGAUAAAAUUCAAAGUAAAUAUAAAUUUGUAUCGCUCAAUAGAGAACACAUGGAAUUGUAACAUUCGUCGGUCUAGUCUUCUCUGCCUCAGCGGUCACAAAACACUCACAUAUUUGCACAUAUUAUGCACACAUCAUCGUUCCUUCUGUGGUAAUUUUUACUAAGAACAACACACUGUGGUAUCACGUGGCAUUUUAUUAGGCGUUGCAGGAGGGACAUUGUGGUAGUAUUUCGUUUAAUGAGAAAGAAGCUACCCUGUCAUUCUCUUCGCCUUCGUGAAUAAACUAUUAAAAAGAAAAUUGAAUGCAAUUAUUUAUAUCAGUUACUAAAUAAUUUGUUGCUGAAAAUACGGUGAUUGUGCUGUACAUGUUAUUGCUUUAGUGUAUCUCUCCUGUUACUUUGUAAUUUUGAAAGAACAAAUAUAAGACAUAAUAGAGUAGUGUCUUUAAUUCCGUCAUAUCAUCGAGGCUUUCCGUGUAAUAUUUCUGUAAAGUUUAACAAAUAAAAGAUAUAAUAAUAGC